AUGGCCGCGGCCUGGAGGUCACCAGGGCGCGACUGGAGCUGGCACUGGACGCGACAGAAUGCGGGCUGCGAGCCAAGCACAGGUGCUGCAAGACCACCUAGCGGUCUCCCGCAUCCUUCAUCCUCACCACAAGGCUUGUUGUCGGCUGGGUCUUCCCAUACUCAGCAAGCGAUACCCGCCGCUGGUGGAGCACAUCGCAUGGGUUGGUCGAAAAUAAUGAACGCAAACGCAUUGCGGGCGUACUUUAGGACAAACAUGGAAGAAACUGGAAAGUUGGCGUAUCGGGCUCGGGUGAUUGCUUUUUGCAGAGCUGAAGCCAUCACUAAUAUUGAUGAGAGACGAGUUCGGUACAUCCUGUCUCAACUUUUGGUGAGCCAAAGUCGACCACUACGAAGAGAGGCUUCCUAG